AUGACCUUUAUUCCUCCAUUUGUGGCGAUUCUGGUUUGCGACACCCAGAUAGAGACUCUUAAGAAGUUUGGCGACUUUGGCGACCAGGCAAUCACGCUGUUCCGUUCGGCAGGACUGACGGACUGCGAGUUUAGAAAGUAUGAUGUGAUCGAGAAGAUGGAAUACCCGACUGCCGAGGAGCUGGCAGGUUGCAAAGGGAUUUAUCUGACUGGUUCUAGAUCCGACUCGUUUGACAGUUUACCUUGGAUUGUCAAGCUUCGCGACUUUCUGAGACUGUGUUUGAAUGAGUACGAGUUCCCUAUCACCGCGUCCUGUUUUGGACACCAGAUCAUUGCAACUGCUCUGGACAUGCAAGUGACUCGCAGUCCAGAAGGAUGGGAAAUGGGACUUAUGGAGAUCAAGCUGAACCCAGAGAUUCAGAUCGGGUCUUUGGCUUCCAACGACUCGAAAAACACCGUCACUGUGAUGGAAAUGCAUCAGGACAUCGUUGUUGGAGAGCUUCCCGAAGGAUACGCCAAUGUUGGAUCGACCGAUGGAUGCAAAUACCAGGGAAUAUACAAAAAGAACAAACUGUUGACGUUCCAAGGCCAUCCUGAAUUCACGACUGAUUGCGGUAACAUCCUGGUGGAUUCCAGACUUGAUGCCGGCAAAAUCACCAAGGAAACCUAUGAUGACGCGAUGGGCCGCAAUUCCAAGUUGUCCAAUGACGGUGUGAGGAUCGGAAAGUGUAUGGUUGACCUGCUGAAUGGGGCACUCUAG